AUGACCUCUAUUAUCCCAACUCCUCCGGUCACCCCAGCUUUAAAAUCAACUGGUGAUAGAUUAAUCACCCUGGAAUUACAAGAUGGUACCUUGUUACAAGGUUAUUCAUUCGGUGCUGAAAAAUCUACUGCCGGUGAAUUGGUCUUCCAAACUGGUAUGGUCGGUUAUCCAGAAUCCGUCACAGAUCCUUCCUAUGAGGGCCAAAUCUUGGUCAUUACAUACCCUUUGGUCGGUAAUUACGGUGUCCCUGAUACUUCUUUAGAAGAUGAGUUCGUAGAAGGUCUUCCAAGAUACUUUGAAAGUAACAGAAUUCAUAUUGCAGGUCUAGUAAUCUCUCAUUACACCGAAGAUUACUCUCACUGGCUUGCUAACUCCUCCUUAGGUCAAUGGCUGAAAAGAGAAGGCGUUCCUGCCAUGUAUGGUGUCGAUACUAGAAAUUUAACAAAACAUUUAAGAGAUUGUGGUUCUAUGUUGGGUAGAUUCGCUUUACAAAAACCAAAUACUGACUCAAUUCAAGCCACUUCUGUAUCGUGGAGAAAUUCAUUCGAUAUCCCUGAGUGGAUUAAUCCAAAUAUCGAAAACUUAGUAGCCAAAGUCUCCACUGCUAAACCAAAGUUAUACUUACCGCCAACUGACAAUAAAUUAGUUGAUUUACAGAAAGGUCCAGAUGGAAAAGUUUUAAGAAUUGUCGCCAUUGACGUAGGUAUGAAAUACAAUCAAAUACGUUGUUUCAUCAAAAGAGGUGUCGAAUUAAUGGUCGUCCCAUGGGAUUAUGAUUUCACCAAAGAAGAAUACGAUGGUCUUUUCAUUUCGAAUGGUCCUGGUGAUCCAUCUAUCCUUCACGAUUUAGCCGCAAGAUUACAAUCUGUUGUUGAAUCCAAGAAAACCCCCAUUUUCGGUAUCUGUUUAGGUCAUCAAUUAUUAGCUAGAGCAACUGGUGCUGAAACUACAAAAAUCAAAUUCGGUAAUCGUGGUCAUAAUAUCCCUUGUACCUCUACCAUCAGUGGCCGUUGUUAUAUUACAUCUCAAAACCACGGUUAUGCCGUUGAUGUCGAAACUUUAAAAGAUGGCUGGAAACCUUUGUUUGUCAACGCCAAUGACGGCACUAAUGAAGGUAUCUACCAUUCUAAAUUACCUUAUUUCUCUGUCCAAUUCCAUCCAGAAUCUACACCAGGUCCGAGAGAUACUGAAUUUUUAUUUGACGUCUUCAUCAAGGCUGUCAAAGAAUACAAAGAAAAUCAAAUCUUAAAGCCAAUUGAAUUCCCAGGUGGUUUAUUAGAAGACAAUAUCAGGGCCAAUCCAAGAGUUGAAGCAAAGAAGGUCCUUGUUCUAGGUUCGGGUGGUUUGUCCAUUGGUCAAGCAGGUGAAUUCGACUAUUCGGGUUCUCAAGCAAUCAAGGCUUUAAAGGAAGAAGGUAUUUACACUAUUUUAAUCAAUCCUAAUAUCGCUACCAUUCAAACUUCUAAAGGUCUUGCUGACAAGGUCUAUUUCUUACCAGUUACUGCAGAAUUCGUCAGAAAGGUCAUUUUGCAUGAACGUCCUGAUGCCAUUUAUGUUACGUUUGGUGGCCAAACUGCUCUAUCUGUCGGUAUCGAAUUGAAAGAUGAAUUUGAAGCCCUAGGUGUUAAGGUCUUAGGUACACCAAUUGAUACCAUUAUUACCACCGAAGAUCGUGAAUUAUUCGCUAAUGCCAUUGAUGAAAUCAAUGAAAAAUCCGCCAAGUCCCAAGCUGCUAGUUCCAUAGAUGAAGCUUUAGCUGCUGUAAAAGAAAUUGGUUUCCCAGUUAUCGUUCGUGCCGCCUAUGCACUUGGUGGUCUUGGUUCCGGUUUCGCUAACAAUGAAGAGGAAUUAAUUGAUCUUUGUAACGUUGCAUUUGCAUCAUCUCCUCAAGUUCUUGUUGAAAAAUCCAUGAAGGGUUGGAAAGAAGUUGAGUACGAAGUUGUUCGUGAUGCUUUUGAUAACUGUAUUACUGUAUGUAACAUGGAAAACUUUGAUCCAUUAGGUAUUCACACAGGUGAUUCUAUUGUUGUCGCUCCUUCUCAAACACUUUCAGAUGAAGAAUAUAACAUGUUAAGAACAACUGCUGUUAACGUCAUCAGACAUCUUGGUGUGGUCGGUGAAUGUAACAUUCAAUAUGCUUUGAAUCCAUUUUCAAAGGAAUAUUGUAUCAUUGAAGUGAACGCUCGUUUAUCCCGUUCAUCUGCCUUAGCUUCUAAAGCCACUGGUUACCCAUUAGCUUACACUGCUGCUAAAUUAGGUUUGAAUAUUUCAUUAGACAAGGUCAAGAAUGCUAUCACAAGAUCUACCUGUGCUUGUUUUGAACCAUCAUUAGAUUACUGUGUUGUUAAAAUGCCAAGAUGGGAUUUAAAGAAAUUCUCAAGAGUCUCUACCCAAUUAUCUUCUUCUAUGAAAUCUGUUGGUGAAGUGAUGAGUAUUGGUAGAACAUUCGAAGAAGCGAUUCAAAAAGCUAUCAGAUCUAUUGAGUACUCAAAUUUUGGUUUCAACGAAACUGAGCUUGAAGCUGAAGUUGAUGAUGAAUUGUUGAAUCCAUCCGAUUUAAGAAUCUUUGCCAUUGCUAAUGCUUUCGGUAAAUUAGGUUAUUCUGUUGAACAAGUUUGGGAAAUGACUAGAAUUGAUAAGUGGUUUUUGACAAAACUAUACGACUUAAUUCAAUUUUCUAAAGGUGUUUCUAGAAUCGGCAGCAUUGAAGAAUUACCGGCUGAAGUUUUAAAACAAGCUAAACAACUUGGGUUUGAUGAUAGACAAGUCGCCAAAUUCCUAAACUCCAAUGAAGUUGCUAUCCGUCGUCUAAGAAAGGAAUUUGGUAUUACUCCUUUUGUAAAACAAAUUGAUACUGUGGCAGCAGAAUUUCCUGCUCAUACAAACUACUUAUACAUGACCUACAAUGCCUCUGCACAUGAUGUUGAAUUUAACGAUAAUGGUGUUAUGGUGUUAGGUUCCGGCGUCUACCGUAUCGGUUCUUCUGUGGAAUUCGAUUGGUGUGCGGUCACUGCAGUUAGAACAUUACGCGCUAAUAACUUCAGAACUAUUAUGGUCAAUUACAAUCCAGAAACCGUUUCUACUGACUACGACGAAGCUGAUAGACUUUACUUCGAAACAAUCAACCUUGAAAGGAUCUUGGAUAUCUAUGAAGCUGAAAGCUCACAUGGUGUUGUCGUGUCUAUGGGUGGUCAAACAUCUAAUAAUAUUGCUAUGUCAUUACAUCGUGAAAACGUGAAGAUUUUGGGUACAUCUCCGGAUAUGAUUGACUCUGCAGAAAAUCGUUACAAGUUUUCGCGUAUGUUGGAUCAAAUCGGUGUUGAUCAACCAGCCUGGAAAGAGUUGACUUCAAUGGAUGAAGCUGAAAAGUUCGCUCAAAAGGUUGGGUAUCCUGUUUUAGUCCGUCCAUCGUAUGUUUUAUCAGGUGCUGCAAUGAACACUGUUUACUCCAAGAAUGAUUUGGAAUCUUUCCUAAACCAAGCUGUAGAAGUUUCUCGUGACUAUCCUGUCGUCAUUACAAAAUAUAUUGAAAAUGCCAAGGAAAUUGAAAUGGAUGCUGUUGCAAGAAACGGUGAGUUAGUUAUGCAUGUUGUUUCCGAGCAUGUUGAAAAUGCAGGUGUUCAUUCUGGUGACGCAACUUUAAUUGUUCCACCUCAAGAUUUAGCAAAAGAAACUGUCGAUAGAAUUGUGGUUGCAACUGCUAAGAUUGGUAAAGCUUUGAAAAUUACAGGUCCAUACAACAUUCAAUUCAUUGCUAAGGAUAAUGAGAUCAAGGUUAUUGAAUGUAACGUUCGUGCUUCUCGUUCUUUCCCAUUCAUUUCCAAGGUUGUUGGUGUCAAUUUAAUUGAAUUGGCAACGAAGGCCAUUAUGGGCUUACCAUUUGAUCCUUACCCUGUAGAGAAAUUACCAGAUGAUUAUGUUGCUGUUAAAGUUCCACAAUUUUCUUUCUCACGUUUAGCUGGCGCUGAUCCUGUUUUAGGUGUGGAAAUGGCUUCCACUGGUGAAGUUGCUACUUUUGGUCAUUCCAAAUAUGAAGCUUAUUUGAAGUCCCUGCUAGCAAGUGGUUUCAAAUUGCCAAAGAAAAAUAUUCUUUUAUCUGUCGGUUCCUUUAAGGAAAAGCAGGAAUUGUUACCAUCUAUCCAAAAGCUAUACAAUAUGGGUUACAAGUUAUUUGCAACUGCUGGUACUGCGGAUUUUAUUACAGAACAUGGUAUGGCUGUCCAAUACUUGGAAGUUUUGAAUAGUGAAGAUAAUGAAAAGUCAGAAUACUCCUUGACACAACAUUUAGCAAAUAAUAACAUCGAUUUGUACAUCAAUUUACCAUCUGCUAAUAGAUUUCGUCGUCCAGCUUCUUAUGUUUCUAAGGGUUACAAGACUCGUCGUAUGGCUAUUGAUUAUUCUGUUCCUCUUGUUACUAAUGUGAAAUGUGCUAAACUUUUGAUUGAAGCCCUAUCUAGAAAUUUGACACUGGAUGUUUCGGAGCGUGAUGCACAGACCUCUCAUAGAACUGUUACUAUCCCAGGUUUGAUCAACAUUUCUACUUAUGUUCCUAACAUUUCCAAUAUUGUUCAAGGUCCUCCAGAAUUGAAAGAGACCUCUCGUUUAUUCUUAGAAUCAGGUUUCACAUUCUGUCAAAUCAUGCCAAGGGCUGCAAGAGGACCUGUUAUUGUUGACGGUCUAUCAUUAAAAGCUGCUUCUGCUGCAUCAGAUGGUGCUUCAUACACGAAUUUCUGUUUCACUGUCGCUGGUACUUUGAAUAACACAAGCACAGUGGUGGAAACUGUUGAUACGGUUAGUGCAUUAUUUUUACCACAUCAUGAAUUAAAGAACAAAGUCACUCAGGUUGCUACUCUACUAAAGAAUUGGCCAAGUCACAGGCAAGUUAUUGCUGAAGCAAAAACUUCCGAUUUGGCCUCAGUCCUUCUAUUAGCCUCCUUACAAAAUAGACCUAUCCAUAUUACUGGUGUUUCAAACAAGGAAGAUUUAUCCCUAAUCAUGACCGUUAAGGAAAAGGAUCCAAGAGUCACCUGUGAUGUUAACGUUUAUUCUAUGUUCAUCACUCAAGAACAAUAUCCAGAAGGUGUCUUCCUACCAUGUGAUGAUGAUGUUGAAUUUUUCUGGGAACAUUUAGAUGCCAUUGAUGCAUUCUCAGUUGGUGCUCUUCCAACUGCCUUGGCUACUAUUACAGGCAACAAGGUUGAUGUCGGUUUAGGUAUUAAAGAUGCAUUGCCAUUAUUACUAUCUGCUGUUGAACAAGGCAAGUUGACAAUUCAAGACAUCGUCACCCGUUUACAUGAUAAUCCAGUCAAGAUUUUCAACUUCCCAAAGCAAGAUGCGGUUGUAGAAAUUGAUUUAGACUACCUGUUCAAUCACACAAAGAGAUGGUCUCCAGUAUCAAAGACCAAGUUAACGGGUGGUAUUGAACGUGUUAUUAUAAAUAAUGAAACUGUAGUUUUAAGUGGUGAGCUUAUUGCAUUGAAUCCUACUGGGGAAUGCAUUGUUAAAGAAGCGACUGUAGAGGCGGCUAAUGAACAACCAACGAAAAGAGGAUUCUCAACUACAGCUGAAAAGCCAAAAAUUUUCGAUAGUGUUGAGCUUGCUGAAGAGGCAAUCAUUGAGCCACCUUUAGAACAAAGAUUGAUGUCUUCUAAACCACCAAGAGAGUUAACAACUGCAACAGCAAUUCAAUCCUUAAUCCGUGGAAACAAUCCAUUCAAGGGUAGACAUAUCUUAUCCAUCAAACAAUUCAGUCGUUCAGAUUUCCAUGCAUUAUUUGCUGUCGCUCAAGAAAUUAAAGCCGCAGUUGCAAGGGAAGGUGUCUUGAACUUAAUGAGAGGACAUGUCUUAACCACAAUCUUUUAUGAACCAUCUACCCGUACUAACUCUUCUUUCAUCGCAGCUAUGGAACGUCUAGGUGGUAGAGUUGUGAACAUCAAUCCAAAUGUUUCUUCUGUUAAAAAGGGUGAAACUUUACAAGAUACAAUCAGAACCCUAGCUUGCUACACUGAUGCUAUUGUUAUGCGUCAUCCAGAUGAAAUGUCCGUUCAUAUUGCAGCUAAAUAUUCUCCAGUCCCAAUUAUCAACGGUGGAAAUGGUUCUCGUGAACAUCCAACUCAAGCAUUCCUUGACUUAUACACCAUCCGUGAAGAAAUCGGUACAGUCAAUGGUAUCACAGUUACAUUCAUGGGUGAUUUGAAGCAUGGUAGAACUGUUCAUUCCUUAUGUCGUCUAUUAAUGCAUUAUCAAGUUAGAAUCAAUUUGGUUUCACCAGCAGAAUUGAGAUUACCAGAAUCAUUGAGGGAAGAAUUGUACAAUGCAGGUAUGUUAGGAGAAGAAAGUAAAGAAUUAACCCCAGAAAUCAUUUCCAAGUCUGAUGUCUUAUACUGCACUAGGGUACAAGAAGAAAGAUUCAAGAACAGGGAAGAUUACGAACGCUUAAAGGACGUUUACGUUGUUGACAACAAGAUUCUUGCUCACGCCAAGGAAAACAUGGCUAUCAUGCAUCCAUUGCCUAGAGUCAAUGAAAUUAAGGAAGAAGUCGACUAUGACCAUCGUGCAGCUUACUUCAGACAAAUGAAGUACGGUUUAUACGUCAGAAUGGCGCUCUUAGCAAUGGUUUUAGGAGUUGACCAAUAA